AUGCAGCUGCCACGGAUUUAUACCUUGGGCAGUUCUCCUUUAUUCCUACUGAUAUCUCACGAAAUUGCCAGACUAUCAGACCCUUCUAAGAAUAUUCCAAAUCUAAUUCUUUUACUUAGUGACCCAUUAAAAUUGAAAAGAUUUCUAAAUAAUGAUUCUAAAAUAGUUGUAAAAGGCGGUAGUGUUUCAUCAGACCCAAUCUUUCAAUAUAUGGCAGCUUGUACACCUCCUACUUUGGUAACAAAUGAUAAAAUAAUCUUGGAGAAUUUGGUCGUUAUGGAAAGAAAUCCAAAGAAGCUAUUGGCAGAUUUUAAAAAAUAUAAGGGCUCAUUAAAUGAUAAAUCAAACGUUUUAUUGAUUAAUCCACCAAUGGGUAUCCUCGAGAUACUUGAAAAUAAGAUUUGGGAUGAUUCAAAGAAACCAAAGUUUUUUCUUGGAUUGACAGAUAAAGAUGAACAGUUAUUGACAGUUAAUAAAUCAAUAUAUAAUUCAAAUUUGAUAUUGAAUACUGCUAUGUUAUCACAAUAUUCUAAAGAGUUUUCUGUACAGUUAAAUCCUUUACUUUGGGGUGAUAAGAUACGAUUAAUGAUAACACAAAUUCCAAUACUAACUACAGAUUUGCAAAGCCGCUUAAGUUUUAAUCAAACUAUAAAGAAUAAUAAUUUAAAAGAACAAAAUGAUUUAAUUCAUAUUAUGUCACAAUUGAAUAAAUUUAAUACUUCAAUAAUCGAGUUUACUGAUUUCCAAUGUUUAAGGUUAGAAAAAUGCAUAAUGAAUAGUUGUAUUGAAUCCUUAGCUGUACUUUUUGAUUGCAAAUAUGUUCAUGAUUUAUUGAUGAUUAAAAAUUAUAAAACACUAUUAAAAGUUAUAAUAGCUGAGCAGCUUGAAAUCAUAACAAAAUCCUACCCGUAUCUUUUGGACUCUACUGAUUUUUAUACAAUAUUUAAUGUUGAUAGAUUAUAUGAACUUAUAAUUAUGAGAUUGCAAGAUUUUAAGUCAAAAUCAAGGGCGUAUAAAGAUAUGCAAAGAUUGAACUUACAGAUAAUAGAUGAUUUAAAUGGUUAUUUUGUUCGUUUAGGGUAUAAAAAUAAAAUUAAUUGUAAAUGGAAUAAAAUGUUGUCUUGGUUAUUAAGAGGUAAAUUAGAUAUCAAAAAGCAAACUUUAAAAUCAAACUUUCACAUGUAA